AUUUAGACAUUUGUUCCAACUUCAACCCGCCCUCUCGGAUGACUGCCUACCUACCUCCUUGAGCUCGAGAAGCUGCCCACUUCCACCCUUCUCACCUCGAAACACGUCCACCGUUUGUCACCAUGGCCUCGGAAUCAGCGUCAUCGAGCGCUCUCGUGCGCAAGAGGGUUGACACGGAGUUGAUGCCCCCACCUCCACCCGCCAAACGCAUCAAGCGGCCAAGGAAGGUCCUAGACGAAGACACAUACACCGAGGCGUUAUCACAGAUCAUUGCGCGGGACUUCUUCCCCGGGCUUCUUGAGAGCGAAAUACAGCAGGAGUAUUUGGAUGCGCUGGAAUCCAACGAUAAAGUAUGGAUUUCGAGCGCCGGGCGGCGACUGCGGCAUGUCAUGACACCGGGGCGGCCGCGAAUCAGGCGGGGCGCAAGCGUACAGCCGGCAGGACAGACCCCGACCGGAUACGUUGGCGAUACCCCGUUGUCUGUUGUGUCUACUGUGGUGGAGGAGAGGAUCGAGGUCGAUACGAGCAUGGGCCUCGGAGCUUUCCAAUCGAAAUACACGAGCGAGGACAACGAGAGCUUCUACAAGCUGCUCGACAAACAAAACCAGAAGAGGGCUGAGAAGUACGCGUGGCUCUGGAGAGGCAACAAGUUGCCCUCGAAGAUGCAGUUGAAGCAGAAGGAGAUCGAGGCGAAGUUGAGCCAGACGAGAAGUUUGAUCGAUGACGGCUUCAAGAGGGACCGGCUCGCCAUCAAAGACAAGGACGAUCGGCCUGCCGCCCCGGAUCAUUGGAAGGCGAAGCCAAACAACCAACUGAUGUUCGCCCCCGAGGGCAUCGAUGGCAUAUUGGAGACAGUCGCAGAGAGGGCGCAGGCGGAGUCCCGGGCGGAACCAAAGUCUAUCGUCUAUGAGAACACGCGGAUGCCGGUACCAAAUAUAGCGCAGGAUCAGUCGGUUCCGCCUUCUCCAUCACUCUCAGCAGUUCGCGAUGCGAUCGCGGGCAAGCGUCGCCCGGGGGAUCAGGAGUCGAGCACUGGGGGUGGGGAGACGCCUCGGGUCAACGGGUACGCUUUCGUUGACGACGAGGAAUCGGAUGCCACCCCCGCCCCCGCGCCGGUCAUCGAUUUGGGCCACGGAGACGCCACACCGAAUCCGUUUCGACUCCAAGAUCAGGGGAAGAGGGAGGCUCUUCAUCACCGCAUGGUCGAGCGGAUAUCUCAAUCAAAGCGGUCAUCCGCCAAGCUUGGGUUAACCGGAAAGGUGGAGAAGACGCCAGUUCCCAAGUUCCCCAGCAGCCCACGCGUGUCAGGAGACUUGACCCCCGCUGCCCAGAGAUUAUGGGGCAAAAUUGACAGUGCAGGAAGGAAGCUGUCCGACUCGCCUUUCAAUAGGAUCAAGGCGACGCCGGUACGAGGGAAGGGGUCGGGACUGAAGAAUGUGGCCUAGUGAAAGGAAUCGUUGAUUAGAGAGCUAUACCAGGCAGGUCUCACGGAUAGGGGCAGGCCAUUGCAUUAGAUACCCAUACAAUUGAUUUUUCGAAUAGAGAGAGUUAGGAGACGCAUUCGCUU